AUGCCACGCGCUCGACCAAAUGAACGAGUUGUUCUUGUUCAAACUGAUGGUCGUGGUAAUAUCUUAGAUUAUGAUAUUGUUGACCGUCCACAUCGAUCGUAUGUAGUUGAAAAAUCGUCAUCAGUUAAUCGUUCACAACCAAUGAAAUCAUCAUCAAAAUUUAAUCAACUAGAAACAUAUGAUGAAGAAGACGAUUUUGAAGAUGAAGAUGAAGAUGAUAAUAAUGAUUAUCGAGAUACUACUGCAGGAACAACGCCAAUACCACGUCGAGUUCGUUAUGUUCGACCGAAAUCAACUGUUAAAAUUUUUCAAGGAAAAGUUGAUUGGAAAGCAAAUACCAAAGUUGAUGCCCGUAAUGAUGAAGCUAUAGAAAGAAUUCUUAAUACACCAAAGAGAAAGGUAUUUGAUGAAAAACCUGUAUGGAGUGGAAAAUCAAAAAUUGAUACACAUAAUGAAGAAGUCAUCGAAAAUAUUCGUCGAGCACCAAAGCCUGAAAUAUUUUAUGAAAAACCUAUAUGGAGUGGAAAAUCAAAAAUUGAUACACAUAAUGAAGAAGUUAUCGAAAAUAUUCGUCGAGCACCAAAACCUCAAAUCUAUGAGGAAAAAAUCAAAUGGGUAGCAGAUCCUAAAAUUGAUUCUCAUAAUGACGAAGCUAUUGAACGACUUAAAAGUGCACCAAAACCAAUUAUUUAUGAUGAAAAACUUGUAUGGCCAUAUGUUCAUAGAACUGAUAAUUAUAAUGAACAAUAUGUUAAACAUAGAAAACGUGAAAAAGUUCUUCAAAGAGAAAAAUCUUUUAUUCAAAAUUUUCCACAAGAACGAAAACCAAGAAAACAUAGAGCUCUUAUUGAUCAUCAAAAUCCAGAUUUUGUUGAACAUAUAAAACGACAAAAAUCAGCGAAAUUACCUCCAAUUGAAAAUAGAAAACUUGAAUGGCAAAAAAAACCACGUAUUAAUCAAAAAAAUGAUGAUUAUAUUGAACGUAUGCGACAAAAACGAUCAGUACCUUUGAUUUAUCAAGAAAAAGUUAAAUGGCGUACAAAAUCACCAAAAAUUAAUGCUCGUAAUGAAGAAUAUCUAGAAAAUUUAAAAGAACAAUCAAGACCGAAAAUUAUUAAUCGAUUACCUCAUUGGAAAUCUCAAGCAAAAGUCGAUGCACAUAAUAAUUCUUACGAUCCAGAUUCAUAUACUGAACCAGCGAUUUUUAGUGAAAAACUUCGAUGGCAUGCACGACCAAAAAUCGAUACUGGUCUUGAACCGGAGCCAAAUGAAGAACAGUAUAUUAAUUCUGGUUUGACAGCUUGA